AAAGGAUUGGAGUUAUGCAGAUAUGUGGAGAACUUUCCUGGAAUUUGGGAGAGUCUAUGACAUCUACAGUCCUAACAGGAAAAGUAGAAAUGGCAGCAAGUUCGGAUUUGUAAGAUUUCUAGAUGUGAAGAAUAAAAAGGAGCUGGAAAGGCACUUAGAUCAGAUCUGGAUUGGUGGACGCAAAUUAUGGGUCAACAUACCAAGAUACAAUGAAGAGAUGAAUGAAAAAGGGGAGAAAAGAAACAAGCAAGUACUGGAGACAAGAACACAGUAUAGAAGCUAUGCAGAAGUGGUUAAUGACCAGGGAAAAAAUAGAGUGUAUGAAGAGAGGAAGUUUCAGAGCAAUGAAGAUCAAAGUGGGGGAAGAGGAAGAAGUAGAAGCAGAUCAAGACCAGGAAACCGCUCAAAAAGGAAUAGAAAAAUAUGGCAACAGAUAGGAAAGAGGGAGGAUUGGUCGGGAAUAGAGUACAAUGUAAAAUCUGAGGAUUACUCUUGGCUCGAUGGCUGUUAUGUAGGAACGGCACACUCUGUGGAAAUGGUCCGGAAUCUUCAGGAAAAAUUCUACAUGGAGGGGUACUUUUCAUGCCGGAUUCGAGCAAUGGGCGAUAAAUUGGUUCUCUUAGAUUGUGAAGACAAGGAAGAACUGAAAGACCUGGUGGAGUUGGGAGCAAAUUGGCUCGGACAAUGGUUUGAGGAAGUGCAACCUUGGACACUAGAUAUGGUGAGCAAGGAGAGGUUUGUCUGGAUGAGAUGUCAAGGGGCUCCAUUAAAUGCCUGGGAACCGGAUUUCUUUGCUACCAUGGGCUGUGCAUGGGGAAAAUUUAUAUGUUUGGAUGACAGCACAAAAGAAGAGUUCACUAACAGCUUUUUCUCACUGAAACAAGAUUUUAUGCCUACGUUCCAAAGUGAAUCAGAGGAGCAUGAAUCAUGGUCCAUGGAUAGUGACAUAAAGGAACAGGAGUUCAAAAAUGUAGGGGAUGUUGGAAAGGUUGAGAUGAGGUCUUCGAGGACAGAGGUUGAAGAUGAUAACGUGGCAAGCUUCACACAAGAGACAAAGAAGAGGCUUCGGUCACAAGCUGAGGAAAAAGAAGAAAAAUCCGUUGAAGUUGUAGGUGACAACCUAGAAGAAAUUCAAAUUUUGAUUGAUGGGGAAGGCGAGAUGUCACGCCCCAAAACCCGAAUUCGAGGCGCGACGAACGUCGUGCACUCGUGAGAGGGUCCCACAAAUGCACAAGGCUUUGAACUUAU